AUGGGUGUCCUGGGUGAGGCAGCAGCGGUCAGAGCCCCACCCCCGGCACCUGACAUGAGCCCUUGCGGGCCUCUCAACCUGAGCCUGGCAGGCGAGGCGACCGCGUGGCGCGGACCCCGCUCGGCCUCCGCCUCGUCCUCUUCGUCCGUCGCUUCGGCCUCUGCCGUCGCCGGCGGCUCCCUGGGCCGCGGCUCAGCGCGCAGAGCUCGCGCCCACGACGUGGAGAUGGUGGGCCAGCUCGUGGGCAUCAUGGUGGUGUCCUGCUUCUGCUGGAGCCCCCUGCUGGUGUUGGUGGUGCUGGCCAUCGCGGGUUGGGGCUCUAACUCCCUGCAGCGGCCGCUGUUUUUGGCCGUGCGCCUCGCUUCGUGGAACCAGAUUUUGGACCCCUGGGUGUACAUUCUCCUGCGCCAAGCCGUUCUUCGCCAACUGCUUCGCCUCCUGCCCUCAAGGGCCGGCGCCAAGGGCAGUCCCGCGGGUCUGGACCUAACCAGGAGCGUUUGGGAGGCCAGCUCGCUGCGCAGCUCCCGGCACAGUGGCCUCAGUCAAUUCUAGGUGCGCCCGGCGGCUUAACUAGACCACCCCGGGCCUCGGGUCCGCACCGUGGAGACUUCGGGGAAUAAAGGUUUUUGUGGACAA